GGCUAACCUAUCCCCAUCCUUCGUCGCGCAGAUUCAACGAUUGCAGGAAUUCUCACAAAAUCCCAGCGCUCAUCGGCCCAACCCCUAUGUCAACAUAGCAAAAUUGAACUUUGCACCUUAUUUAAUGGAGAUGUUCUCACAUGAGGGCGUCGUAUCCAGCGCGACAUACACCGAUGCUGAUAUACCCUCGGAGCUACAAGUACCGUCCGAUAAUUUCGGCUUUGCAACCCCACUGAAAAGGAAACCAUCAUCGGCUUCCUACUUACCCGCCAUGGCCUUCUCAAGCCUCCUCUCGCCAAUCUCUGGAUACGGAAGCGAGGUGUCUUCAGCCACCAAGCAACAUCAGAAAGAUUCUGAUAAGCGACGGACUGGAAUGCAGAGUCCAGGGCAACCAUACCUUCUCGCCGCAAUGGCAGCGGGCCGCAUGACGCCUCAACCCGCAGCGACGACAUCGGCGUUGCCUGUCUGCGAAACACCGAUGCGCUUCGUGAAUGUGUUUGGAGGCUCGACACACUCUGACGAAGCUCUGCGGAUCGGUCUGCACAAAGACCUGUCCUUUGACUCUGAAGCGACGUCCAUCAUCGCCACGCCCUCCCUCUACACCCGCACGAUCUCCGACGACGACGAUUUCUACAAAAAUCUUACCUGCCCGUCGUCGGAACUCGCCAGCCAGGAACACUGCUUGUCCUCGUCACCUAUCGUCUUUGACCCACCGUUCGGUGGGUUGCCUGCUUCCGCAGACGAUUUCGGGAUGGAUACCAGCGGAGACUUUGACUCGUUUGCAUUGGACAUUCCGUUUACCCCGGCGGGGCGGCAUGGCCAGCGAAGAGUCUCGGUCCUCAGUCUCGGCGGCCUGUCGGACUCUUCUGGAAUCGCCUUGUUGGCUGCAGAAGUCAAGCCACGGAAGCGGAAGGCUGGCGAAAUGGGCACGGCGCUCGGAAGGAGUCUUGCCGGCGGAGACGAGGGUGCGGGUGAGGUCGAGAAGGAGAACAGCAGACCGGCGCCCAUUUUUGGAACACCGGCGCCUAAACGCGCGUCGUCGGCGGAAAGCGGGCGUGGCAAGACAGUUGCAGCUACUCCUCCGCCCGCCGCUUGUGAGUGUUGCAAGAAGCAAGGGAAGCGCUGUGAGAGUAGGGGGACGUCUAACCCUGGGAUUAAAGUGGAUCUGGCGGAUUCGUUGAAAUCCCCACGUCGGGGGCAAUACGCACGACCAGCGAAGGUUGCUAAGACUUUCAACGAUGCAGACUCAUCCUAUGACGAAUGGACCCACCUCGAGUUUGACGAUCCGCCUUCACUGACCAGCGACAUUUCCUCCGCCUCACCCGCAACUUUCAACCAUCCAAACCUAAACGACAGCCAGCACAGCGACCAAUCCAGCCCUCUCCCACCCACCUUCCGCACCGACGCAACCCUCAGCCUCAGCCCUCGCUUCCUCUAUACCCGCUCACCGGCCCCCACAGCACGAACAGGUCCUACAUCAACAUCAGCAGCAGGAAAAUCACCCGCCCGUCUCAACUCUAUUUAUCUCACCCCGCUGCACCAUGCCGGCCGCACCGCUACCACGGCCGCUACUGGGAAGCUGUCGCCUGCGGGACUAUCGAACGCGAUGAAGAAACCGUCACCGGUUAGGCCGUCUGUUUCGCCGCUGAAUAUCUUUGCGGCGCCGGCGAGCAGACCGCCUUCGAGUCGGUGAGGGUUCGAACGAUGAAACCACGCAAACAUGGACGUGAUAGGGAUAUGAGUACACGAUAGGAAAAUAUGCGUGGCGCGAACUAGGAACGACCGGCUCGGUUUCGACAAACCACUUUCGGCCGCCGAC